AUGGCUGUCCUAUCAGCAGUCUCCUCGACGGGGUUGAUCUCUUACCUCCCUUCAAUUACAGUAGCACUGCUGGUCAGCUACAUCCUCGUGCUGCGGCCACUCCGAAAUGUGCUCUUCCAUCCGCUCACGAAAUACCCCGGGCCUAAGCUCUUCGCAGCUUCCUCACUACCAUAUGGCUUCUGGUACAUGACGGGGAAAUGGCACACGAAAAUCAGGCAAUUACAUGACAAAUACGGCCCGAUAGUUCGAAUCGGACCGGAUGAGCUCUCGUAUUCUUCUCCCGAGGCCUGGGAGGACAUUUACGGUCGUUACGUUCCAGCCAAACGCAAAGAGAACCCAAAGCCCGUUUGGUACUGCUCACCAGAUGCCCACGACAUGGUCGGUGCCAGUCUUGGUGACCACGGUCGCAUGCGCCGGGUCAUGGCCCCAGGCUUCACCUACGGCGCCAUGUGCAAACAGGAGCCUCUGAUUCAAGAGCACGUCGAUCUAUUUCUCAAGCGACUUAACGAGAUGUGCGGCAGCGAUGGAACUGUCGUCAAUAUGUUGGAGUGGUUUACUUACUGUACCUUCGACAUGAUCGGCGACCUAUCCUUUGGCGAGCCAUUUGGCUGUCUUAAGAACUCGAUGUUACACCCUUGGCUCCAGCUGGUCUUCGCAAACAUCUACGUUACGCAUAUUCUCAUGCUUUGCAAGCGCAUUCCCUUCUUCUACCUCUUCUUGCCCAUCAAGACCACCGUUCAGCUGUACCGUGACUUCACCAAACACGUCGUGGUGUUGAGGCAGGUUGUCGAGCGCCGCUUGGCUAGCCAGUCGAAGAGAAACGACUUCAUGGACGUCAUGACAUCGAAUCCGGGCAAAAGUUUGUACAUGACGAACGAAGAAAUCUUCAAAAACGCCAUACUCCUCACUGGAGGAGGGGCCGAGACGACUUCCAGCUCGUUGACGGGCAUGGCGUACAUUCUUGCUACGAGACCCGAAGUCAAACGCAAGGUAGUCGAAGAGUUACAUACCACGUUUCCCUCGGAAGAAGACAUCAACAUGCGCAGUGUUGCGCAACUGACGUACACCGGCGCUUUCAUCGAAGAAGCUCUCCGAUACUAUCCUCCCGGCCCAAACGCCAUGUGGCGCACGACGCCGCCAGAAGGGAACACAAUCUUGGGCGACUUCAUACCUGGAAAUACGAUUCUGGGGAUCCCUCACCGCGUGGUGUACCGCAGCGAACGUUACUGGAAGCACGCCGACGAGUUCCAUCCGGAGCGUUGGUUUCCUGAAGGACAGCGCCCAGCCGAAUUUGAUGCGGACCGCCGAGAGGGUUUCCAUCCCUUUUCAUAUGGACCGAGGGCCUGCAUUGCGAUGAACCUGGCGUACGCUGAAAUGCGCUACAUCCUGGCGCGCUUCUUAUGGCACUUUGAUGUUGAGAUGACGGAGCAGAGCAAGACCUGGAUGGACAACCAAAAGGCAUACCUUGUGUGGGAUAAACCGGGCCUCUUCUUACGGUUGAAACCAGUCAACACAGUCUAA